AUGAAAAAACAAUCUUUACUUAAUAGACCAAUUUCAACAAAUGUUAUUCUACCAAAUCAAAUGCGUUUUCUUCUUAUUGAUGAAAUAUCACAAAAUUAUAAUGUAUGUAAUAGUAAAUCAUUAAAUUAUCUUAUUGACAUAUCUGAACGUAUAAAAAAUAAAUAUUUUCAUCUAUUUAAUUCAUCAAGAAAAAUUACAAAUCAAUUUUCAUGUAGUAAUAUAUCAAGUUUAAAAAUAACACAAUUUAAAACUUUAUCUGAAACAGAUUGUAUAUCAAAUAUAACAUUAUCAUCAAGUUUUCUACUAUUACUUGCACUUGUUAUUGGUAAUAUUUGUUAUUUACGUAAAUCAUCUAUAAAAAAUGCUCGAAUAUCAAAAUUAUCAAACAUUCAAGAUGCGGAUGAUACUCGUCUUGAAGAACGUGUACAAACAAGAAAUAUACAAAAUAUUCAUGAUAUAAGAGAUUAUUCAUCAAUACAAACAUCACGUACAUCAGCAAUUCGAGAUAGAUCAUUGUAUUAUAUCGCUUCAAUUGAUUUAUCUCAAGUAGAGGAUAAUCGUCGUCGAAAACGACGACGACAACCAACAGAACCUCAAAUUGACUAUGAUAUAACUUUACCUGUUUAUUGUAUUGAAUAUCCAGAAUGA